AUGGAGCUGGGGCCGUCCCGGAGCCUGGCGCUGCUGCUGCUGUGCGCCGCCGGGGCGCUGCUCCUGCUGCCCGCCGGGGAGCCCGGGAGCUGGGGCCGGGCGCUGCCCCUGCUGCUGCUGCUGGCCGGGGGCGCCGCCCUGCUCCGCCUGUGCGCCCGGCCCCUGGCCCUGCGGCGCGCCCCGGAGCGCGUGGGCUACCUCCCCGAGCCGGGCUGCAGCCGCCGCCAGGCCGCCCGCCGGGCGCGCCGGAGCCGCAGGGCCGGGGACCUGCCGCCCCUCUACCCCAACGGCUGGUUCCGGCUGCUGGACUCGCACGGGCUGCCCCGCGGCGGGGUGCGCAGCCUGGCGGCGCUGGGGGAACAGGUUGCUGUAUUCCGUGCUCUGGAUGGACAAGUGUAUGUAGUCGAUGCCUACUGCCCACACCUGGGUGCGAACCUUGCUGCUGGCGGCCGCGUGGUGGGUAACUGUAUUGAGUGCCCAUUCCACGGGUGGCAGUUUCGGGGAGAAGAUGGAAAAUGCACUACAAUCCCAUAUGCUGAAAAAGUGCCAGACUUUGCAAAGAUUAAAACAUGGCCCUCCUGUGAAGUAAACGGAAUGAUACUUGUCUGGUAUCACUGUGAUGGUGUUGAUCCAGUGUGGACUGUCCCAGAGCAGGAAGAGAUCACCUCCAAGGAGUGGGUGUAUCGUGGCCACACAGAACAUUUUGUCAAUGCUCACAUUCAGGAAAUCCCUGAAAAUGCUGCAGAUUUUGCUCAUCUAUCUUUUCUGCACGAACCAGUUUUUAUGAGUGGAGUUGACCUGAGAUACACACACUCCAAGCUGUGGGAGUCUAUGAAGCACUGCUGGAAGGGUGACUGGCAGCCCGAGCCAGAACCCAACAAGCACUGUUCCCUGUUAAUGGUUAAACACAGUCUAACAGUGUUUGGAAAGCACUUCUCCUGGAUGGAUUUCGCAGUUCGAGCCAGACAGGUGGGGCCGGGGCUGGUCUACCUGACCUUUGAACAUGCUUUCCUGGGCCGUGGGAUCAUUCUGCAGAGCGUGACGCCAGUGGAGCCGCUCCUGCAGCACGUUGUCCAUAGGAUCUAUUACCAGCGAAACAUGCCGGCGGUGAUCCCCAAAUUCAUUCUGAAGGUGGAGUGUGUUCAGUUUGAACGUGAUAUCAUGAUCUGGAACAACAAGCAAUAUCUGUCUAAACCACUGCUGGUAAAAGAAGAUUCCGCGAUCCAAAGGCACAGACGCUGGUUUGCUCAAUUCUACAGUGAGAACAGCACUAGAUUCACUUUCCAAAAGGGUGGCGUGGACUGGUGACGUCCAUGUGGUCAAAAGACGUCAAAUGGCUGCAUCCCUUUCUCGCCCAUGAGAAGGGCAGUCAAGCGCAUAGCAAGUUAAUCAAGCUGCAUUUCUGGAUUUUCAGUGGCCCAGUUGGGCGAAUCUGCAGUACAAGUAAAACUCUAGUUCGCCAAGCGUAGUGUCUGCCACGUAAGGCUGGGCAAACCUAGUAAGUGUUGUGUAGGCUUUGCGGUCAUAACUGAGCUGUAGUACUGGGUGCCCCCCCCCCAUCUCCAAUGGGAAAACGAGACUGACAGAAUCCCCUCAAGAAAUCGUCUAUGCUUUGCAGGUUUUGUUACUCAGGGACAAUUGCAUGAAACCCUGAUCCUUAGGUGCUGCAGGGCUCACAUGCUCCUAUUCUCCAAAGCGGUCAUUUGACAUCUGUUCCUCCUCCCCACAGCACGUCACGAUGGCAAACCUGGAUUGUUACCAUGGAUGAGGAAUAGGCAGGGUCACUCUAAGGAGCAGAUGGUCUGUUCUCUUGCUAAUGUACUUAGAAACUCGCAAGGGAGCAACAGCAGUGGUCAGGGCUGGCUAUAGAUGGUCCCUGAUGGAUUUCUACCGGAGUUUUACCAAGGAGUUUAUCAGCUCCUGAACAGAUCUUAAUGGACGUAUAGCAGCUAAUGAAGAUGGGAAGUAAUUUUCCGGAUUGU